GCGCAGUUUCGCGUUUGAAAAAUGUAUAUUGCCUUGGGGUUAAUUCUUGUGGUUAAUAGUAUCUUCUGUUCCGAAAAAGUGAUCUACUCGUUUUCGGAGUUUCCCUACAAGGAGACUAGUAAAAAUGAGGUAUUGUUUCGGGAAAUCGAAGGCGCCUGUGAAGGAGGUUGUCUGGGAAAACUUGGAAUAUCCAAGGUUUUGUGCGUAAGACAAUGUAUUUCACCUUCGUGUUACAGAGACCUCUAUCAAGCAGAUCAGCUCGAAGAGGGAGAAGUUGAUGUUCGAUUAAACUCUUUUAAAGGUUGCUUCAUUCAACAGUAUAACAAGUUACGGCCAUAGUCUGCAAUUAAUUAUGCACCUAUCUACUGAUCUAGCCUUUUUUAUCGAUACCUAUGUAAAACUUUUAACUUAGACAAUACAAAAUUUGCUUUUAACAUAAAAAAUAAACGAAAUUGACUUGUCUUUAA